GGGAGUAGACACAGCUGGGAGGAUAAUAAGAUGCGCAUGAAUUCACAAUCUGGAAUAAAAGAUAAAGAGAAAAACAAAUGCGCGACACGGCCAGCCCGCGCGCGCCCGCGUGCGCAACUCGUGUCCCCAGCGGUUCCGUGUAAAGUUGCGCUUCUGUGCGCGCAGCGUUUUCACCUUCGGGCUCCUUCGCUUUCCUCCGCUGAUGGAGUUACAAAGUUCCUUCAGUCAACUCACAAUGGAGAGAAAAGCGCCCUUCGCCGGCUGUGGAGGCUUCCUGUGGUCAGAGUGGAUUACCAACUUCCGUAAGGAGAAGGAGCGCCACUCCAGGAUAUGAAGAUUCUUCCCAGACUUCUCCCUCCGUCACCUGCCCGUCUUGUGAAUGAGUGCCGCGUGAGCUCAGGCGGACGGACCCUCUUCGUUUGUGAGAGACAAUGUCGCUUUGAUGAAAGAACGAUCGCGCUGCUGGCUCACUAAACCCCCGAUGAGGACCUCAGGCCCCCCCUGUCAAGAGGCAGCUGUGUUUCCUUCUGCAAGCCCUCACUAAACACCCCUAACCCUCACCUCCCCCCCCCUCCCCCCAUUCAGCGCGCCACGUUAGCCAUUGGAGGAAACCCAAUGUCUGCCUACUCUUCCCCAUCCUUACCUCGAGCCGUCCUCCACUCUCUCCAUCCGCACCAACCGUCCGGGCCGCUGUACGCGCGAUUGUCCAACGGCGGUCACAGCGUCCCCAGCCCCACCAACUCCUUCCACGGGGUGUCCUUCCUGCUUCAGAUAGGACUGACCCGAGAGACCGUGAACCUGGAGACCGGUGACCUUUCGCUGUCCGCUGUCAAGGACCUGGUGUGCUCCAUAGUGGACCAGAAGUUCCCGGAGUGCGGCUUCUUCGGCAUGUACGACAAGAUCCUGCUGUUCCGCCACGACCUAAGCGACGAGAACAUCCUGCAGAGGCUGACCUCGGCGGAGGACAUCCAUGAGGGAGACCUCAUCGAGGUGGUGCUCUCUGCCCAAGCCACGGUCGAAGACUUCCAGAUCCGGCCGCAUGCCCUUUACGUCCACUCCUACAAAGCCCCCACCUUCUGCGACUACUGCGGGGAGAUGCUGUGGGGUCUCGUCCGGCAGGGGCUCAAAUGUGAAGGAUGCGGCCUGAACUACCACAAGCGCUGCGCCUUCAAGAUCCCAAAUAACUGCACCGGCGUGAGGAAGAGGCGACUGUCCAACGUCUCCCUGCCCGGACCCUGCCUCUCCGUCCCCCGGCCGGCCCCCGCCGAGAAUGCCGUGGUCGUCCAGGACGAGCAGAGGUCCCAUCAGGAGGCGGGGAAGAGGAUCCUGUCCUGGAGCGGCAGGCCUAUCUGGAUGGAGAAGAUGGUGCUGGGACGGGUCAAGGUGCCGCACACCUUCGCCAUCCACACCUACACCCGCCCCACCAUCUGCCAGUACUGCAAGCGUCUGCUCAAGGGUCUCUUUCGCCAGGGCAUGCAGUGUAAAGAUUGCAGAUUCAACUGCCACAAGCGAUGCGCUUCCAAGGUACCUCGGGACUGCUUGGGGGAGGUGGACUUCAACGGUGAGCCAGCCAGCCCCGGCCCAGACUCCGACACCACCAUGGACAACAUGGAGGUGGACAGCGGGGACCUGGAUGGCGGCAGAGGACUGGACGACCCAGAGGAACCCUCCACCCCGGAUGAGAGGAUGUUUGACAUGGAUUCUCCCUUAUUGGAUCGAGAGAAGGACGAGGAGCCCAUCAAGACUAUUAGUCCCUCCACCAGCAGCAACAUCCCUCUGAUGCGGGUGGUCCAGUCCAUCAAACACACCAAGAGGCGGAGCUCCACGGUGGUGAAGGAGGGCUGGAUGGUUCAUUAUACAAGCCGGGACAACCUGCGGAAGAGACAUUACUGGAGGCUAGACAGCAAGAGUCUGAGUCUCUUCCAGAACGACACCGGAGCCAAGUUCUACAAAGAAAUUCCCCUGUCCGAGAUCCUCCAGGUCGAACAGUCCGGAGACUACAGUAAUCUGGCCCAGGGCAGCAACCCACACUGCUUUGAGAUCAUCACGGCCACCAUGGUCUACUACGUGGGGGAGGACAACUGCAGCCGCUAUCACAGCCCGGCUCUGGCCGCCUCGGGAGUCGGGAUGGAUGUGGCUCAGGGCUGGGAGAAGGCCAUCCGACAGGCCCUGAUGCCCGUCACCCCUCAGCCCAGUGUGGCCAGUGCUGCUGGCCAGGGCAGAGACCACAAAGAGCUGUCCAUCAGCAUAUCUGUGUCAAACUGCCAGAUCCAGGAGAAUGUGGACAUUGCUUCCGUGUACCAAAUAUUCUCCGAUGAAGUGCUGGGAUCCGGCCAGUUUGGCAUCGUGUACGCAGGCAAACACAGAAAGAGCGGCAGAGAUGUGGCCAUCAAAGUUAUUGACAAGAUGAGGUUUCCUACCAAGCAGGAGAGCCAGCUAAGGAAUGAGGUGGCCAUAUUACAGAAUCUGCAUCACCCGGGCAUCGUCAACCUGGAGUGCAUGUUCGAGACGCUGGAGCGCGUGUUUGUCGUCAUGGAGAAGCUGCACGGCGACAUGCUGGAGAUGAUCCUGUCCAGCGAGAAGAGCAAACUGCCCGAACGCGUCACCAAGUUCCUGGUCACACAGAUCCUGGUGGCCUUGAGACAUCUGCACUUCAAAAACAUCGUUCACUGUGACUUGAAGCCUGAGAAUGUUCUCCUGGCCUCUGCAGAGCCUUUUCCUCAGGUGAAGCUGUGCGACUUUGGCUUCGCCCGCAUCAUCGGCGAGAAGUCGUUCCGGCGCUCGGUGGUCGGCACGCCGGCCUACCUGGCGCCGGAGGUGCUGCGGAGCAAAGGCUACAACCGCUCCCUGGACAUGUGGUCCGUGGGGGUCAUCGUGUACGUGAGCUUGAGCGGCACUUUCCCGUUCAACGAGGACGAGGACAUCAACGACCAGAUCCAGAACGCCGACUUCAUGUACCCCUCGACGCCGUGGAAGGACAUCUCCGCAGAGGCCACCGAUCUGAUCAACAAUCUUCUCCAAGUCAAGAUGAGGAAGAGGUACAGCGUUGACAAGUGUCUCAGCCAUCCCUGGUUACAGGGCUACCAGACGUGGCUGGACCUCAGGGAGUUCGAGACGCGGCGCGGCGAGCGCUACAUCACGCACGAGAGCGACGACGCGCGCUGGGAGGAGUACGCGGACGAGCGCAGUCUUCUUUACCCAAAACACUUCAUCAUGGCUCCCAACCUGGACGACAUGGAGGAGGGCCCCUAGUGGCGAACUUGCUGCACCACGUGUAUUUUUUUUU